AUGGAGGAUCGAGAAAAGGUACAAGAUUUUUCUUCUCGUGUUUCCACUAUUGUCAAUCAAAUAAAAAGCAACGAAGAUGAAAUCAAAGAUAAAAAGGUUGUUGAAAAGCACAUGAGCAAAGAAUUAAUCGCUCUUGUACUCCUUGAACUGAUCAAGCCUUCAAAUCCAAGCAAGUACCAGAAGCGUUUUCAAGAAUUCAUCACAACAAAUUUGGAGAAGAAAGAAGAUUGUUAUUUCAAAUGCAAAAGAUGCAAAAUCCCUAAUCAUUCUCAAAGGGAUUAUCGAUUUCAAAAUCAGGAGAAGAAAGAAGAUGAUGCAAAAUUUGUGAAAGAAGAUUAUGACGUUAUGUUUGUUUCUCUAAAUGGUGAAGAGAAGUCAAAAAGUCGAUGGUAUCUUGAUAGCAGUGUUAGCAACCAUAUGACAAGCAAUAAAGAUAUGUUUGUGGAGCUCAACUCGGACAUUACUUCAACCAUUGUUCUUGGAGAUGGUUCUUAUCAAGAUGCGAAAGAAAAAGGAACAAUUGUUGUUCCAACUUCGGGAGGUAACAAAAAGUUUAUCACGGAUGUUCUAUAUGUCCCUAAUAUUUCAUAUAAUCUUCUUAGUAUUGGACAACUUAUUUAG